UCAGGGUCUGAUCACUGUAGACUACCUCUGCUCAGAGCGGAGAGAGCUCAGAUCCAAACGCAGCCCACUUCUGGGUCCCCCUUUCUUCUAAGCCAGCUGGUCUGGCUUAAAUAUCACUUCUUUCUUUCGCUUUCUUUUUUUAAAAAACAAAUCCUUUUCUUGUUUGAUACAAGGGAUUGACUGAGCAAACCCACAGCUGGAGCUGCUGGGGAAACCUUCCAGGUGAAGACAGAACAAAAAGCACUGGUGCUCACUGACAGCCUGAGAGGCGCGUGCUUCAGGAGGAGACUCACCGAUGGACUGAACCGCUGGACGGAGAGAGGAGGACAGAGAGAGGACAUGCGGGACUGAGCGGAGAGGAGCCAGCCAGCAGUUUGGGAUCGAAAAGUGAAAAACCGUGAGGACCUGGAAGUCAAACGAAGGAGCCAGAGGAGAAGACGUUUGUGAAAAAGAGAACAGAGAGAGAGCAACGGGAAAAAUAACGAAGAUGGGGAGGAAAAAGAUUCAGAUAGCGCGGAUCAUGGAUGAACGAAACAGACAUGUGACGUUCACCAAGCGUAAGUUUGGUCUGAUGAAGAAGGCGUACGAGCUGAGCGUGCUGUGCGACUGUGAGAUCGCCCUCAUCAUCUUCAACAGCACCAACAAGCUGUUCCAGUACGCCAGCACCGACAUGGACAAAGUUCUGCUCAAAUACACCGAGUACAACGAGCCGCACGAGAGCCGGACCAACUCCGACAUCGUGGAUACGCUGCGUAAGAAAGGUUUAAACGGCUGCGACAGCCCCGACAUCGAGGCCGACGACUCUGCCGGCCAGAGCCCAGAGUCCGACGACAAAUACAGAAAGAUCAACGAAGACAUCGACCUGAUGAUCAACAGACAGAGGAUCUGUGGUCUGCCCCCCUCCAACUACGACAUGGGGGUGUCCAUCCCGGGCAGUAACACCAGUGGACUGCUGUACUCCCACCCCGGCAUCGGGGCCGGUCUGAGUAACCACAACCUGCUGCCCAUCUCCCACACUCACCCCUCCCUGCAGAGGAACAGCAUGUCCCCUCAGCGGCCCCCCAGCACCGGAAACACAGGUCUGAUGGGCUCAGAGCUGCCGAGCACCGUGGUCUCCAGUGUGGGAAACGGCAGCUACACCAACCACUGCACCUCCCCCGGCCUGCUCUCUCCUGGAGGAUCUCCUAAAAACAUGCAGGACAAGAGUCCUCCUCCUCAGAUGAGCCUGAGCCGCAAACCCGACCUCCGCACUCUGAUGCCUCCGUCCAACAAGUGCAACAACAUGCCAACUAUCAACCAGAGAAUAAACCACUCUCAGAGCGCUCAGACUCUGUCCACUCCGGCCGUCUCCAUCGCCGCUCCCUCUCUGCCUGGACAGGGGAUGGGCGGGUACCCGUCCUCGCUCUCCUCCUCUUACGGCACAGAGUUCUCCCUGGGAUCAGACCUGUCCCCCCUGUCUGGAUUCGGAGGUUCUGGUCUGGGAUCGGUGACGAGCUGGCAGCACCAACAGAUCCAGAACCUGCAGCACCCGGCUCUCGGACACAUGGGGAACCUGUGUCAGAACUCGAACCUGAACCUCACCUCGGGUCACCAGAACCUCCACAUCAAGUCCGAGCCGGCGUCUCCUCCCAGAGACCGGGGCGUCAGCAUGGUCGGCACGGGGCUGGGAGGAGGAGGGGGCGUGACCGUGGCCGGGUACUCCUCCUCCUCCAUGUCUGGGCGGGCGGGUCCCAACGAAGCGGGACGCUCCCCCGGCGACAGCGCGUCCAGCUGCGGGAGCUCGUACGAAGGCAGCGAGGACCGUGACGAUCACCACGGCAACGACAGCUUCCUGCUCCGACCCCUGCCCGGCCAGGAGGAGCGCCACAGCCCGUCAGUCAAACGGAUGAGGCUAUCGGAGGGCUGGGCGACAUGAUGGGAGGCGGCCUGCAACCAGAGGGGAAGAGAUGUUAGGAAAGUUACCUGAUAGUGUUAUUAUUAUUAUUAUCUACAUAUUCUUCUUGUACUGAGUGGGUGUGCUAUAUGUGUAAUGGUAACGGGGGGGCGGGGGGUUAACGCUCUGCUGUAUUUACAACAUGUACUGUAGCUAGACCUGUACACUAGAGAGACCGACUCCUGGAGGAUCAGGACUGGUUCAACACAAACUGUAAUAAACAGUCUGAACACAGAUCCACAGCUUGGAAUUAUGGGUCAAAAAAUCUCAGUGUAAAGAACCAUUCAGCAGCUUUGACAAUCAAUUAAAUCAAUUAACCCUGAGAGUGAAACAGAGACAAACAGGAAACACUAAGAGUAACUCAGUUACUUUUAAAAUGUCUACAGUCCAGAGAAGGAACAGUUAGACAGUCUAGACAACUUACAUUAGAAGAUAAAUAUGAAGCCACAAGGCCAAUUAGCUUAGCUUAGCAUAAACACUGGAAACAGGAGGAAACAGUUAGCCUGGCUCUGUCUGAAGUCAAUAAAAUCCAUCUACCAACACCUCUAACAAACAUAAGUUAACAAAUCAUGUCUCACUCAUUUAAUCCAACACAAACUGAAGCAUAUAAACAACAACUCACCAUUCUGUGCUGAAGCUUUUCCUUUAGGAGAGCUGGCAGUAACAGGAGUUUAGGGAGCCUGUGGAGACAGAAACAAAAGUCCAGUUAGAACCAGACAGCAGCAACCAAACCACAACAUGAUGCACAAAAGAUAAAACUGAAAAUGUAGCCAUGCAGCUACAGAUAUUAGAUUUAAAACUCAAUAACUGUCAUAAAAUAUCUGUAAGGUAGAAGUCAUUGUUUUAGAAAUACAAAAUAGAACCUAACCAGAUUUUAUAACAUCCAAAGCCAUAGAAAGUACAUUCAGGAGACAUGUUAGCUUAGCUUAGCAUAAACACUGGAAACAGGAGGAAACAGUUAGCCUGGCUCUGUCUGAAGUCAAUAAAAUCCAUCUACCAACACCUCUAACAAACAUAAGUUAACAAAUCAUGUCUCACUCAUUUAAUCCAACACAAACUGAAGCAUAUAAACAACAACUCACCAUUCUGUGCUGAAGCUUUUCCUUUAGGAGAGCUGGCAGUAACAGGAGUUUAGGGAGCCUGUGGAGACAGAAACAAAAGUCCAGUUAGAACCAGACAGCAGCAACCAAACCACAACAUGAUGCACAAAAGAUAAAACUGAAAAUGUAGCCAUGCAGCUACAGAUAUUAGAUUUAAAACUCAAUAACUGUCAUAAAAUAUCUGUAAGGUAGAAGUCAUUGUUUUAGAAAUACAAAAUAGAACCUAACCAGAUUUUAUAACAUCCAAAGCCAUACAAAGUACAUUCAGGAGACAUGUUAGCUUAGCUUAGCAUAAACACUGUAAACAGGAGGAAACUGUUAGCCUGGCUCUGUCUGAAGGAGACAAAAUUCACCUACAAACACCUCUAACAAACAUCUUAUGUCUUGCAUGUUUAAUCUGACAAAAACCAAAGUAUAAAAACAAAUAUUCACUAUUUUACACAGAGUUUUUAUGUUGAACCUUCCUUUAAGAAAACUGAAGUGACAGGAGUUUGUCAACAGAAACAAAGUCCAGCUGGAACCAGACAGCAGUAACUCCACCUGACUUACUGAAGAUACAACAAAGAUCAAACUGAUCAAUAAAACUGUGAUAGGAGUAAUAAUACAGCUACAGAUAUUAAAGAACACACAGUUUUAUCUUUUUACAAACAACAUCAGAUUAACUGUCAGUAACUGUCACAACACACAGCAACUUAAUGAGAUCCAGUUACAUGUUGUUAAAUAAAAAAGAGAAGAGAGAGAAGGAAGAUAAAUACCACUCUUAUAUCUGUACACUAAAUAUGAAGCUACAGCUAAGAAGCCUGUUAGCUUAGCUUAGCAUAAAGACGGGAAACAGCCUGGCUACCAACACCUCUGACAAACAAACACAUCCAACAAAAACUGAAGUAUAUAAUCAACAAUUCACUGUUUUACACAGGUUUUUCCUUUACAAAAAUUGGCAGCAACAGGAGUUUAAGUAAACUAUGGCAACAGAAACAAAGUCAACCAGACAGCAGCAACUUAACUGUUCCAAUAACUUUACUGCACACAAGUCAAUUUCUACUGAACAGGCUGAGAUUUCUACUCUACACCACAAUACACAAGAGAUAAAACUGCAAUAAGGAGUAAUCACGGGGCGACAAAUAUUAAAGGAAACGAUGCUGUGGUGUCCUCUUACAAACAAACAUUAGAUUUAAAAUGAGCGAUUUUGCUUUUAUUCUUGAAUCUCAGCAAGAGUUUAAACCUCAGACAAAUACAAGAAAUCAGCGUUAGACCAUCAAACAAAUGCCAGGAAAAACCCCAAAGUCUCUCAGAGUGAUGAGUAAUAUUCAUCAUCAUAUGAAGAAUUACACUAAAACUUUAAGUUCCUUCUACUGAGCUGUUUUUGACACAUAAGGACUGUUUCUUACAUGUUGUACAGUCAGUCUGAUCCAGGUCAUUUAACACCAACAUGUACUGCAGAGGCUGCAGAGGCUGGAUGUGUACAUGUGUUUGUUUUGUGUGUGUUCAGCGGCAGGAGGUGUGUGUGGGAGGGGAGGGGGGUGGUGGUUUAAUUAAAUAACAAAUAUGUAAAAUGCACAUUGACGUAUGUGCAGGUGUAUGCAAACUAACAAAGGUAUAAAGUGAAGAAGUCUGGUACUCUGAACGCUGAAGCUACUGGUGAGUUUAAUAACAUGUUGAUCAUUGGAGCCAUGGGAGCAGGCGUCUCUGCUGCACAUGCCGUGUUGCAGGUUCAACAUAUUUGCACGCAUAGAAACAUAUAGCACAUUUAAAAUAUUAAAGUAUGGAAGGUAAAGCCUGGCAAAGUGAAAAGAGGUAGAAAGAGAACGCAUGAGGAAGUAGAGGAAGAGAAAGAGGUGAAGGAAGGUGGAGGUGCAAGAGAGAAACUGAGGACGUUUUUCGUGUGAGUGAUUAGAAACUUAUCUGCAACAGGUUGCAUAGAAAAGAAGCUUUGGGCAAAUUUCAACUGAUGUGAAGACACUUUUCAGAGUUAGUGAAUCAUUUUCAGAGCCGUGGUAGAAAUAUGAGGAUUUUUGGUGAAUGCAAUCCAGAUACACAAAAUCUAUGGAAGCAAAGAGCAUUUUAAUCUCAUUAUUUACUGAAUAAGUUACUGUGAAAAUUAACCACUACUCAAUACUUCUGUUUGUUUUAGCUCUGUUAAAUUUUGUGACACAAACACAGAAACACCUCAUACCUCCAUAUGCAUAAAUAAAAGCCUGUGAAGUAGAGAGGAGCUAAAAGUUUAAACAAAGACCUCUCUCACUUUCCAAAAGUUUAUUCUUUUUUUCCAAAGAAACGAUUUAAGUUUGACCAAAUAAUUCAAGUAUUUUUAGUUUUAGGUUUUAUUCAUCCUAAAACAGAGACAUAACAUUCACUGAGCUGAAAGUGACCUCUUCAAAUGUUGUGUUUGAGCAGAAUAUUCAGUUAAAGAAUGAAAUGUCAAAGUUAAACUGCUCUUCAGAGACUGAAAUCUGCAAAGAUUUUUUAUGCUUCAAAAAUGGUUCAAUUAACAAUUUAUCUACAGUUAUCAAUUAUUUUUCUGUAAUUAUUUCAGCUGUAUUAAAUUAAUGUCAGAUGCUAUUCAACAUUACAUGUUUGUGUACUGUCACAUGAUUUAAAAAGAAAGGAAAGAAAUUCACAUGUGACUGAGUUUCUAAAUUUACAAAACCUGAAAAGAACUUCUGAAAAUGUCAGAGGAGAAAAAUCAAAUAAUAAAUUCACAGACUGUUUUUAAAUCAGAAUAUAUUUAAAGUAGUGGUUAUAUUUCACAAUUUGGUUUCCAUCAACAUUAAAAAUGUUAAUAUUUAUGGCCUUUCUUUGCUUCCAUACGACAUCGUUUUCCUAUAAAACAGUUGGUGUCUGAACAGACUUGAGGUGAAUCAUGCACAGAGUUAGUGUUAGCAUGUGCUAACAGGGUUUAUCAGUCAGAGUGAGGAUUGCACUCCUAAAAGCCAUAUCCAACAGGACAGUGAUGCUUUGCUGCACAGAGUUUAUAGUGUUAUGUUUUUAACAAAAAGUUUCCUUUAAUAUUAUAUCAAAUUGAUAUUUUUGGAUGUGUGCAGCUCUAUUUAAUAACAGUAAUAUAAAAACACAGAGGCAGGAAGCACAAACUAUUUUCUAACAAACAUUCAGGGAGAUUUUAAGUCCAGUAGAAAUCCCGUUUUAGAGUCUGCUGUUCAGCUGGUGUCAGACCCCACAUUAUCUCACAGUGACAAUCUCACAGAGCACAAACAACAAUCUGCUGUUCAACUUCAACAACAACAACAACAACAAGUUUCCUGCAACGACUGCAAAAAUAAAUCUGCAGUGGUGGAAGAAGUACUCAGAUUAUUUACUGAAGCAAAAGCACCAACAAUGUAAAAAUACAUGAUCACUCAAUAGUAAAAUACCCACUCAAAAUUCUCCUUAAGUACAUUUUACCAGGAAAAUGUACAGUAAAGUAUCAGCAGUAAAAGUACUUUACUAUGCAGGAAAAUGUCUCCUGUAACUGUGACAACUAGACUGUUUACUGUGGGAGAUCACAGGCCAUAAAGGCUGGAAGUAACUACAGAUACUACAUCAAAAAAUGUAGAGCAAAGUCCAAUAUUUCCUCCAAAAUGUAGGAGCAAAAAACUUAAAAUGGAAAAACUCAAGUAGUUAACUACAUUAAACAGACUAAGUUACUCUCCAUUGCUGUGUAUUUCUAUCUGUAACUGUACAGGAGCUUUGUGGACAUGUUGAAUAAUUUGUGCCUUGUACCUCAGCUGGGUCUGACACCAGCCACACUCAGAGGCUCUGCACCGUAGUUAAGGGUUUGCUGAGUGAUAUCCACAUUUUUUUAUUUUUAAAGGAGACAGAGAGGUGGCUGAGGGUUGUUCACAUUUGAAUAUUUUGGUUGAAGAACUGUAUAUUUGGAGCUCAAACCCUCAGCCACAGGUCUGCACUGUAUGUGCCCCGUUUACUGUAAACCCAGAGACUAAAUUCACUGAUUCUGAUCCCUGUAGCUGUUGUGGUCUGAGAGGCGCUGCUGUUUAACUACGACAUGAUGUGUGUUUAAAAAAGCUAAAAGGAAAAAAAAAAAGGACAGAGCCCAGAUCUGUUUUCUCCUGCACUCCUUUUCUUUUAUGAUGACUGUAGUCUCCGGGUUGGUCGGCUUCCAGCUCCGAUUUUUACCGUACCACACCCGCCUCGGUGUUAACGACAGAGCCAGGAGCUCGUCCUCAGGCUCCGGGUGGAGGUGGAAAAGCUCACAGCGAAGAAAAGUUGGCGUGUAAACUAACCAAAGUGUGAACUACCCUGUAUAUUAGUGUUUUUGGUUUGAAUCUUUUAUCAGUAACUGCCUGGACUUCACCUGCUCAUACUUAAAAAAAAAAAAAAAAACGCCCAGGUGAAAUAAUUUAAUGUUAUUUUUAUUGGGCUGAUUAUUCUAAGAGAAUGUUAGCGGCAUAAGCUGGCCUUUGUCGCCACUUGGAGACAAUGAUUCUCAGAAAAAAUCAUAUAAUAAAGUGCACCUCUGUUGUGGCAGAUCAUGUACAGGAAGUCCCUCACUCAGAAACGUGGUAGUAUUUGUAUUUUGCAGAAAAAUAAAUAAAUAUACAGGCUCUGUUA